CCAAGCCAAAAGGUUGUGCGCCUCGCAGCAAUAGCAGCAGCAACAGCGAUAGGAGCAACAGGAGCAACAGCAACAGGAGCAACAGCAACAGCAGCACGGCAGCAACAUCAACAGUUGAGCAGUUCAAUUGAAUGCUGCUGCAACUAGCCAACGUGCAACAAGUCAACAAGGACAACACUUUUUUUUCAAAGUGCCAAAAAAAAAAUGUGUGUUUGUGUCGAAUUACAGUAACAUGUACAAGAGUAUUUAUUUAUUUUUCGUGAACCGUAAAGAAAUGCAAUAGUUAUCCGAGCACCCCCAUCGAAUCACUCAAACUACCUGAAAGCAGUCACGGAAGUACAACAAAUGAGAAAAUACUUUGACCUGAUCUACUCAUCAUACAUAAUAUAUUGACCAUAAUAAACCAUUAAGCCGUACUCUGAGGACCUGACAAACAACAGAUGCUUUAACAUUGAUCACAAAGAAACCGCAGAUGUCAGGGUGAUUUUAAAUGACAAAACCCAAGGAGAAGAAAUCAUAAGCCAAAAAGGUAAUCAAAACCGAGGAAACCGAGCUCAAACGAGGCAGAAAGCAAUUGAGAAGACAAAAUCAUCAUUGUAUCUCUGUGUCUCUGUGUGUGUAGCAAAACCAAUCAGUCAGUAUCCCUCUCCAAACAAACAAAAUAAAACCCCCGACCCAUUAAAUGUUAAAGAAACCUAAUCACCGCACUAUCGCUUAGUCGAAAACCCCGAAAUUCAAAUAUAAACAAUUGGUGAAAAAAAGAAAACUAAAAAAUACGGCGGCGAGGGAGAGGAUAUAAGUCGGCGUAAAACAAAAAAAAAAAGGACGAGGCCGUAGGAGCGGCUGCCGAACAAAAGGAUACCGCUCACUUUCGAGGAUCGGCGGGCGAAACUGCCACAGAAACCAGAACAUGCGCCAUGUCAAAACUGCGGCAUUACCGGUCCAUGGAUCAGCCCUGCAGCAGCAGCUCCGUGGUCAUACGCAAAAAGACUAUGACAGCCAUUUGCUUUGUGUGCAACCUGCCCAUCAUGUCGCACCAGGUGGGUUUGGUGUGGCAGGGCGGCAACGGCUGGGACGAUCUUGUGCGCGAACAGCUGGAGGAGUCCACCAUCCGGCAGCGGCUGGGCGGGCGGCGGGACUCGGCGGCGCAGAUCACGACGCCGCCGAGCACCUCGCCGCCGCCGGGCCUGCAGCGUCGGCGGCGCAGCUCGCUGGCCCAGCUGACGGACAUCCUGCGCGAGUGGAGCGGCGGCACCAAGCAGCAGCACCACCAGCAGCAGCAACAGCAGCAGCAGCAGCUGCAGCAGACGUCCCGCUCCAAGGCGCAACUGAAUCGCCGGGAAACGCUGGCGGACCUGGCCAGGAGUCUGCCAUGGCGCACCUCCACCACCGCGGAUGCGAGCACGGGGGCAAGUGGUGGCGCCUGCACCACCUACAUGGCGCCACGCAAGCGGCGGGAAUCCUCCGCGGAUUCCGGCAUCCGGAGCAUGCGAUCGCGCCGCGACUCCAAUACCGCCGAGUUCGUUCGACACUGGAACAGACGUGAAAGCGGGGCAGUUGAGGAGCAGUCCAGCAGCUGUGUCGUCGUGCCCGUCGUCGUCGAGUGCUCUAAAAGCGCAUCCCGUCGCGGAUCCGGCGAGAGCUACCUGUCCGGCAGUCGCCGUGAUAGCAACGUGGCCGGGCGGGUGACCACGCCCCCGCCGCCGGGCAAGUACCAAAUGGCCAAGAAGCGCGACUCCCUGGCCGCCCCGGAGUUCCCCAACUUCCGGCAGGAGCAGCGCCCCUCCACCAGCUCUGCCGGCUCCUGCUCCGAUCACUCCCAGCCCCUGAUCUCGCAGCACUCGAGCACUCACCACCUCCACCUGGCCCACCAGCAGGUGGACACCGCCUGCCAGGCCCUGCCGCCGCCGAUGAUCAUCACCAGUUCGGUGACGCCGCCGGCGACGAGUCCGACGGCGCCCAAGGGCCGCCGCGAUUCGCAGACGCAGUGCGGCAGGGUGAAUCGCCGCGACUCCAAGGCGGGCGUUAGUCCGGAGCGGGCGCCACGCCUCCAGCGGCUGCAGCGCCAGGCCACCGCCUUCGACGAGGGCUGCCUGCCCGGCGGAGGCGGCGGCGGCACCGGCAGCAGGCGUGGCUCUCAGCCCGCCCUCAGCCCCGAUCCGCCGGACGAUUGUGGGGAGCGGCGCACCUCGCGCCGCGAUUCCCUCUCACCGGACAGCGCCUCGCGCGGCGGCCGCCGGGACUCGAGGACCCAUCUAUCGCCGGACCGGAGUCACGAGCGGGACGGCAGUCCGCGGCGGCACACGCUGCGCCGGCAGAGCAGCUCGGCGGCCCGCUCGCCCAGGUCGCCGGACUCCAACAGCUGCUGCUCCUCGCGCGAUCCCAGUCCCUGUUCAAGGCCACAAACGCAGACCACCGUGGAGCAGAAUCAGCGGCCAGCCAUCCGCAGGCAGUCGACCACCGAGGAGAUCCUCAUCGCCAGAGGAUUCCGGAGACAGUCCACCACCGAGGAGAUGAUCCGCUGCCGGAACUUUCGGCGACAGAGCUCCCAAAGCGACGACGUCUGUCGUUAUCGUGGCAGACGCGACUCCUCGGCGCAGAUUAUCGAUGGAACCAUCGGCACCAUGACCGUGGAGACGACCAGUACGUUUUUCGACUCCAGCACCCAGACAGAACCAUCGCCGCUGUAUGAUAACAAUCAUUAUCAUGAGGAGUGCCUGCGCUGCAAUUCCUGCGGGCUGAACUUAACUGGGCCCAACCAGAAACGGGCCAGGAGAUUCAAGAACCAGAUCCUGUGCGACCUGCAUUUCGCGGACGUGGCCCUAAUGGAGUGCUCCGAUUUCAUGCAGCAGCUGCGGAGCUUCAAGCCGCAAUCUUUGGGCUGCGCGGUGGCCAGGCGCAAAAGUUCCACGACGCUGAUAUUCCCGCUGCCACCGCAAGCUUGCUCAGAUGAGUUCUGCGAGGAGUAUCCGCACAACCUGAUGCCAACGCCUGGCUACUGGAUUGAGUGCUCCCGCCAGAAGAUCACCAUGCCCACCCCGCACACCAUUUGGGACGAGAGCGACUCGGAGCACGAGGAUAUCCGGGCAGGAAGUGCCAGCGAUGCCUAUCUGGAGCGCGAGUGCAGCGACCUCUACGAGGACGACGAGGACUCCGAGGCCACGCCCAGUCCGCGAAAGAAGACCACCAUCGAGGAGCAGUGGGACCAGCAGGGCGCCUUCGAACUGAUCUCCGUGGAGCAGGAGACGUACGAGAAGUACUUCUACGGCACCGAGCACUGGAACUACUUCACCAGCGACGAGGACCUGGGUCCGGUCAUCCUGUCCAUCAAGCAGGAGACGCUCAACGGACGGGAUCAGUUCCGCAUCCUAGUGCGCGCUGGAUCCUACACGGUGCAUGGACUGAUACCGGCGUCCUGUGUGUUUGCCGAUAGAUAUAAUCGCGAAGAAGUAGUUAGAUCUUUAGGUAAAGAAGUUAAUUUAAAUCCACCUUUAACGUUAGGACAAUUACCCGACACGCCAGAGGAAUUAUUAAAAUUAGAUCAGGUUUUUAUAAAAUCAGAGUUAAAAGUAGGCGUCAUAUUUGUCAAAGAGGAUCAAUAUACCGAAGAACAAAUUCUGGACAAUAAUGAAAAUUCACCGCUCUUCGACGAGUUCCUCACGCUGCUGGGCGAUCGAGUUCGGUUGCGCGGAUUUGAUAAAUACAAAGGUGGCCUUGAUACGGUGCACGACCUAACAGGUCUCUUUUCCGUCUACACGAACUGGCGCAACAUCGAGAUCAUGUUCCAUGUAUCCACGUUGCUGCCCUAUGAGAAGCAUGAUCCGCAGAAGCUCCAGAGGAAGCGACACAUCGGCAACGACAUCGUCUGCGUGGUUUUCCUGGAGGCGGAUAACACCCGCUUCAGUCCCGCCUGCAUCAAGAGCCACUUCCUGCACACAUUUAUACUGGUUCGCGUGUCGGCCAGAAUAAAACACAAGCCAACGCGAUACGAGGUGUCCGUGGUGACUCGCGACGAGGUGGGUGCCUACAAACCCUACCUGUGGGAGCAGUCCGUGUUCGAGAAGGGACCCAUGUUCCGAGAAUGGCUGCUGACGAAGAUCGUGAACGGGGAGAGGGCAUCGUAUUCGGCACCGAAAUUCGCAAGGAUGCAGGAGCGGACGCGAUCGCAGAUGCUCGAGGAUCUGGUGAUGAAUCUAUCGAAUCACGCUGAAACCGGACAGAUACCGAAGCCAUAUAGACGCGGCAGUUGGCGACCCAUCGGUCACAUGAGACCCUCUUCGCCGCUACUCGAUUCCGUUCGCGAUCAGUUCGAGGACUACGACCAGCUGGCCAAGGAUUUCACCCGCGUAUUCCUGAACGAAGAACCAUCGUGCCUGACCAACUCCCAUCUAUUCGAUGUCGUCUUUCUGGUCGGCCAGUCAAAGCAAAAGGCACGAUUUAUCGGAGUUCGGGCAAUCCUUGGAGUGCGCAGUCGUGUAUUUCAGGAAAUGCUGUAUGGCAUUCAGACGGGAUUCGGAUCACCGCAGAUUCCCGUGGCUGAGAUCUUCGCCCGGCCAGCUCCAUCGCUGGUAUCGCCGCAGAACCAGAAGCCCAAGAGCAACAACUACCUGACCGUUCCCGAUUCCGAUUCCAUCCGACCGAAAAGCGUUCCAUCGUCGCCGAUGGUGAAGCGGGCCUUUUCACGGCUGGGAACAAUUACGGCCGGAUGGGGCAGGUCCAUAAGGAACAAGAACACCAACCAGCUGAAUCCGGAUGACAAGAAGAAGUGGAUAUCGUCGACAGAUUGUUCGAACAGGGACAGCAAGGACAAGGAUAAGGAUAAGCCGGGCAACAACCAGCUGGCCGUGCCACGCCUCUCCGUCUGCGCCGACGCCCAAAAGGUCGACCGCGCCAAGUUGGCCCAAACCGAGUUCAACAUCAUCGAGUUCGAUCCGGACACAUUCCGCGUUCUACUCGACUAUCUGCACACGGGCACCUGUCCGCUGACCUGCGUCUCCAUACCAGGUCUGCUGUGUGCCGCGGAGCACUACGACCUGCCGGAGCUGCUGCAGGCGUGCUUCCAUCACUGCAAGCAAUUUCUGCGCAUCGAGGUGGUCUGCCCGAUGCUCAUCUCGCUGGAGAACUACUACUGGCGCUACACAUCCGCCUCCGAGCUGGUCAACAUGAUCCUGUCGUUCGUGGAGAGCAAGGCGCACUCGCUGUUCAAGUGCCCAGAAUUCCUGCAUCUGUCGGAGUCGAUGGUGCAGAUGAUCAUGUGCCGGGAGCUGCAGACGCCCGAGAUUCGCAAGUUCGAGGCGAUGCUGGCGUGGGCCCAGCACAAGGUGGGCAAACUGAAGAACCAUCCGAACAAGGACACCCAGUUCGAGUUCGAGUGCAUUAUGGAGCGGCUGACGCGCGAUCUGAACCUGUGCCGGAUCUCGCCCAGUGAACUGCUCACGGUCGUCCUGCCCUCCAAGUCAAUGAAGAACGAACGCAUCAUGGAGACGCUCAUGGUGCAGGUGAAUCUGGGCACAUACCGGAUGCCCGAGUUGGAUGCGUACCGUCAGCAGUUGCGCCAGCAGGAGUCCGCCGAGGCCACCAUCCAGGUCCACCGGGCCAGUGCCCAUUCAAAUCACCAAAGCCACCCGCCACCUAUCGAUGCCCGUGCCUAUGCCAUGGCCUCCUUGGCCGCCGCCCUCGAGAUGCAGCAGAAUCAGCCACACGAUGACGCCGACAUGGAGGUGGAGCUGUAUGCCAGCUUCGACAAUGCCCCGAGUACGAGUCGCGUGGCCGCCCAAAUGCAGGCCGCCAAGGAGGCGCGCCGCAAAAGAUGGGCGGCCGAUGGCGCCAGCGGGAGCAGCGGCGACGGCGGAUGUGCCAGCGGCAGCAGCGGUCGACGUUACUAAAUCCAGUGUGACUGAGUUUUGACAUUGUAAGCCUACCUUUUUAGAAAUUGGCCUUAAGUGAGUAGAAUUUAAAUAAAAAAAGCAGCUUAAGCCCGUUGGGAAUUAUAGCGUUGCAGAAGCAAAACACUUUUUUAUUUGAGAACCGAUUCUAAACAUUAAAGUCAACAUUUUUCUUAAAAAUACAAAUAUAAUGUAAAAAAAUUAAUUUUUAUGGCGAAUUUCUAAAAUGUGGUUUUAGCUUUGUUUUGAAUAUAAUGAGUGAAUGGGAACAGUGAUUGGGGGAGGCAUUGUUUUUUUACCUAACAUUUAAGUUCAGAUAGGAUACAACAUUUUUUUUUUUAAUGCACUUAUUUUAAACAAAUAAAAGCAUUUCACAAUACACUUCAAUUGUGUUGGGUCACAAAUUUUUGUUUUUUGUGUUUUAAAUGUUUUAAAUAAAAUAAAUAGCUUGAUAGUAACCUCAAGUUAAAUCUUAAUGCUUUGGCGCCCGCGGAUGGAUAUUUUUCAUUUAUUAUGUAACGUUGAACGUUGUUAAUUUUGCAGAAGGACCAAAGUGAAGAUUUUGGAAAUUAUAUUUUCAUACCUAGAUAGAUUUUUGGUACUUAUCGAAUUUGUAUGGUUACUUUCCAUUCUUAGAUAGGUAUUUGAUUAUUGGCAAUUAUCGAAUUUUCUAAAAAUGCUGCCCAUCACUGUGUGAGUGUGUGAAUGACCUUGUGUGCUUGUCUUUUUUUUUAAUCCGUUUAACCCACCGCUCGUGAAGGCGCCCAAACCAUCCAAAUCGAAACUGACAUUGUUAACUCUUACAUUCACCCCGGAAUGACGAGAGCCCCCGAUUUUUGGGGGAAAUAGAGAGAGCGGAGGGAGACGGCGGCCCAAAAUCCCACCCCCUCCCGCCCCCUCCCUCUACGAAAACAAAAAAGAUAAUGGUGGAGCAGCCAGGCAAAGCAUAAGCAUUUUCGACAAGUAUUACCCAAACAUAUAAUAUAUAUGUGUACGUUGUAUGAUCGUCUUAAGAAGGAAUGUGUAGACUAGUCUGUUAAGGAACCACUGUGGCAUUCGAUUUUUGAUACCCACACAAUCGAAGAAAACCAAAAAAAAAUAAAAAACAAAAAAAAAAUACAGCAAGGAAAAAGCUUUGCAAAAAAAAGUGAAAAACCGGAAAAGAAAACAAAAAACAAACGCUUACUGAUGUAAAACAAAGACUUAAAACAAAAAAAAAACCAAACCAAAUUAAAAUGAAUAUAAACCAAUUUUUUUAAUCAACGUUAUUGAACAAUGUAAGCAGAACAAAACUCCUUUCACCCUUUUCCAGCUCCCUCAAUAAAAACCAUUUUAAUAACUAAGAAACUAUAUAUGAUGUACUUAAAUGUUCAAGAGAAUUGCAAGCAUAAUCUAACUGUUUAAAGACGUUUUUUUGUAUUGUCUGUUAAUUUGUUACUACCAAAAAGGGCAAGAAAACAUACAUAAAUAAGUAUCUACAUUUCAAGACAAGUUGGCUUGUUCUCCUGUACAUUAAACACACGGUAACUAUAGUUAUACUUAACUGUAAAGUAACCAAUUCUUGCUAUUACAAGAAAAGAGAGAGUCCAGUAAACCAGAAAUACCGAUACAUAAGUGCAAUAUCUAAGUGUAUGUUUGUAUAACCAUUGAAGUACUUGACCUAAGAACAUAUGAAAAAACCUAUAAGAAGAGAUUACAACCGAAAAAAAUCCCUAAAAACCUGAAGAAAAAUCCAAAACCAAGUAACCCAUGUGUUAAAAAAAAGGUUCAUUAAUAAUCCGAAAAAACAGCAGAAUUUUUUUAGGAAAGACAAAUAUUAUCCAAGUAAGAGUUCCCGCAAAUACCACAGUGUAACACAAAAAAAAAAGUGAAAAAUAAGAAGCCAAAGUAAAGAUCGUUUUGUAAAUCCCCUGGGAAAUGAGUCAAUCCCUAACUAUAGUUUGUGUGCCCAAAACCACAUCUCCACCCAGACAAAAACAGCAUUUUAUUUUGUAAUUUACCUAAGGGACUUGCUUUUGCCCUUCGUGAAUUCUUCAGUUGCCACAAAAAGCCCAGUUUUUUUUUAAUCAAUAAAAGUAGACAAGGCAAAAUCUGAUGCAACAAGAAAACUAAAUGUAAACGGCAGCAUUUCCAAAAGGGUUUCACUUAAAUGUUCAAAGACGCAUAUAUCAAAAUUCAAUGUCUAAACUGUACAACCAUGUUUAUCAAAUGUCUGGCAGGUCAUACAUACAUAUGUAAGCAUAAGUGUAAGCAAUUAAAAUGUAAAACCCUAAAAACGCAAACAGGCAAAGAAAAAAA